AUGACCCGUAGCCAGUCGGGAGAUCUACUACCACUAGACCAGGAGCUUGAACGAACCUGCAGAAACUUCAAGCGGGCUCUAAAGGCGCGACUGGCUGCGGAGGAGGCGCUAUCACAGCUGCAGUUAGAGGAGGAAGAAGAAGAGAUGGCUGAACCAGGGAACCAUGCUGUGAUCCCCGAGGAGCAGACCAUGGGCUCCUACUGGACCGCUAGGGCUGCGGACAUGAGGUCACCCAUUCAGCACCCUCAGGUCCCAGCCAACAACUUUGAGGUGAGCACCUCCGUGAUCACCAUGCUGCGCGGUUCAGUAGUGUUCCGUGGUAAGGAGGGAGAGUGCCCUCGAUCACAUCUCAGGCGAUUCCACGAGCUCAUCGAUGGAAUCAAGAUCAAUGGGGUACCAGCAGAUGCCAUCCAGCUGAGGUACUUCCCAUUCACUCUGGAGGGGCAGGCCAAGGAGUGGCUAGACACUCGAUCUCCGGGCUCCAUCACCACGUUCGCCAACCUGGCGGACAAGUUCCUCACCCGCUACCAUCCUCCAUCCAAGACAGCUGACCUGCAGAAGCAAAUUACACAUUUUGCUCAGGAUGAGGAUGAGACCAUCAGGGAUGCAUGGGAGAGGUACAACAGUCUUUUCCUCAGGUGUCCCAAUCAUGGUUUCAACGAUGCGUUCAAGGUGGGCACCUUCUAUCACGCCCUCUUCCCGGAGGACAAGCAGCUGAUCGAUUCGGUUUGUGGCGGGAACAUGCUGACCAAAACCCCGCCACAGCUGAAUCAACUCUUUGAAGAGAUGGCGGAGAAUGGUUAUGAUUGGGGCACUGCCAGGAGAUCGAGGAGAGCACCAGGCCGGGGUGUGCAUGCUGUGGGCACCCAGUCAUCUGAUUUGGUGCAGGUAGUAUCGAAGCUGGUCUCAGCUAUCGAUCGUUCCGGGAUGAUUCCAGGGACCGGACAGCAGCAGGCGAUGCUCUGCCAGUGGUGCGAGAGCACCCAUCAUAUGGUGGAAGACUGCCAGGCGAUGAAGGAAUCGACCACGCCCCAGGAGCAGGUGAACUUCAUCAACAAUGUCAGGCGCAAUGACCCCUACAGCAACACGUACAAUGAGGGGUGGCGCCAGCAUCCUAACUUCUCCUGGACUGGGCCAAAUCCCAGACCACCAGCUCCACAGGGACCACCGGGCUUCCAGAGGCCACCAUAUCAGCCCAGACAGGGGCAAUUCCAGCAGCCAGGUGCAGCCCCUGCUGCCCCAGUGCAGAAUGAUCAGAUGGCUGAACUGCGGGACUUGGUGGGUUCUCUUGCCAGUGUUAGUGCUCAGAAAUUCAACACCUUUGAGCAAUUCAUGGAGAAGGCCUCGGGUCAACUCCUGGCUCUGGAAGCUGGUCAGAGGAAUACACGGGCUGUUUUGCAGGAUAUCCAGACCCAGCUGGGGAGCGUGGCCCAGGCAGUGGCUCAAAGGGCUCCUGGUACUCUACCAGGGCAGACCAUCCCUCACCUGCCGACCCCGAAUGAGCGCAGCAAUGCCAUCAUGACCAGGAGUGGCAAGAUGACUGUUGAUCCCCCUGCUCGGGAACCGGAGAAAGAAAGCCCUGUCUUAGCGGCUCCAGCGGUUGAACAGGAAGUAGAGAAGGAAGUUGAGGUGCCUGCACCUAAACCGCAACCAGUAGUGAAGGAGUAUGUCCCUAAACUCCCUUUCCCUACUCGGUUGCACAAAGACAGGCUGGAGGCAGAGUUCGAGAACUUCAUCGCCAUGCUUAAGAAGCUGAAUGUCCAAGUGCCCUUCCUGGAGGCACUAUCGCAAAUGCCAAAGUAUGCGAAGUUUCUGAAAAAGCUUCUCUCAAAGAAGCAGAAGCUGAGUGAGCUGGCCACGGUAGAGCUCAGCGAGGAAUGCUCGGCUAUUCUGCAAAACAAGCUUCCGCAGAAGAAGAAGGACCCAGGUAGUUUUACUAUCCCGUGCUCUAUUGAUAAAUUGCAUGUAGAGAAGUCCUUGGCGGAUUUAGGUGCUAGUAUCAAUGUUAUUCCAUAUAAAUUGUUCAUGAAACUAGGCCUAGGUGAACCCCGUGCUACUAGGAUGACCCUUCAAUUAGCUGACAGAUCUGUAGUGCAUCCUAGGGGUAUAGUGGAAGACCUUCUGGUUAAGGUUGGCAAAUUCACAUAUCCCGUGGAUUUUGUUAUCUUGGACAUCAGUGAGGACACAGAAGUGCCUCUUAUACUGGGAAGGCCUUUCCUGGCCACCGCCAAGGCUCUCAUAGAUGUGCAUGAUGGGACCUUAGUUUUGAGGGAUGGCGAGGAGCGAAUAACGUUUUCUGUUGCUGAUAAUAUACCUGCUUCGUCACCUCUGCAUGCUGUAUCUCACCAGGAGCACGAGUCUGUCGUGUAUCCUUCUGUGCUGCCUAUUUUGCAGGAACCGCCUCCCACACCUUCGCCGCCACUCCGGACCACUGUCACCCAAAGAACAGAUCAAGGAGGAGUGGCGGCCGAAACUGCCGGCAGCUAA